CAAAGUAGACAGGCCAUCGGGAGGCUCAAUGACAAAGCCGUCGCGCUGAUUGGUGUGUGUCACGAUUUUUGACGAUGGCGUGAUCGUGGUCCAGCCUUGAGAAUAGUCCAAAUCUAUAUGUUUAGUCCUGUAUCCCGCAAGAUUUCAGGCGCUAUUGCGAGACUAGAUGCCACAGCGGGGCCUUAGCAACGGCCCCGACUCGGGAUUUGGCUCAGAUGUCGCCAUCGUCCAGCGCCGUAGAUGUCCACAUGGUUAAAAAAAAUAUUAGAGAUUCUUAGCGGGUAGUAACUGACCCGCGAUUUUUCUCAUUAAUCGUUGUUGGGGAGUCUUUUUUAUGCUGUCUUCAAAAUGUCCUUUCUCUUUGGCAGGGCGGAUUCAUCUACUGCUGCCAGUAACAAGAUGGCAGCCAACGAUAUCCAGAUUCGCACGCCUGAAGAGGCUGUGGCCCGAAUCGCAUACCUAGCCAGCGAUGUUAUUGUCUCUGUACAACCAGCGCAGGGGCAAGGCUCUGCCUACUCUUCUCAUCUGAACAGAUACGCCGCCAGAAAAGACCCUGGUUUGGUUUCCAGAACCGAAGGCGCAGUUCCCGAAAUACAAUCCGUCCGAUAUAACAAUGAUCCCCUCCUUUCCGUCUUCGCUCCCGCUCGCUCAGGUCGUCUUACCUCUGUGACUACCACUUCCAAUAUUCUUCUUCCAUCAAUUGCCCAUCUCUACAAGUUGGCCAACUAUCCUGUGGUUCUCCACGUUUCGCUUGUACCAAGCCAGCUUCCAGAUUACUCCGCCAUUACUGCUAUUAGGAACUCAGGAUGGACUUUUCUCCAGUCAGAAUCCCUCCAGGAGGCUCAAGACAUGGCAAUUACCGCACAUGCUCUCGCUGUUCGAUCUGGCAAGGGUGUCAUACAUUUCUUUGACUCAAACUCUUCCAAUCUUGAUAAGCCUAUUUCCGCCGAGGACUCGAGUUUCGUGGGCCAGAUACUUAACCUUGACGAUGUUCGUCGAUACCAGUCCAGCUCGGUAGCGACCUCGGGUAUCUAUGCAGACGACGGGCGUGUUGCCGUGGCCUCGUUACGACCCGAAACACAAGCUACGCCCGGUACCAACAACUUGAUCGAAUCUGCCAUCUUAGGGGCCGCCUCUAAAGUAACAUCCGCCGAAGUAUCUGAGAAAUCUAGCCAGCAAAGUGAAUCAGUUGCGUCGCCAAGUGUCUCAGAGGCGACUACAAUUGAGCCGUCUGCACCGCAGGUCACAUCCGAAGACAUAUAUAAAUAUGUAGUAUCAAUCUGGACGCAGCUCAAGGACGCGACCGGUAGGGAAUACCAUGCUUUCGAAUGGUCCGGACCAUCUACCGCGGAAAAGGCCAUCUUUGUUUUUGGUUCCGAUGCUGGGUUGUUCGCAGAGGCUCUUGAUAGUGCGAAACCGACCGACGUGUAUGCAAAGGCGGGAAUGAUCACAGCACGCUUAUAUAGGCCGUGGCUGGGUGCUAAGCUCCUUGACAUCAUCCCCAAAUCAGUGCAGCGGCUCGCUGUUCUCGAGCAAGUUUCUAGGAAGACUACAAAAUGGGGCCCGUUGCUUAUCGAUGUCCUGACGUCGGUUAAGAGUAGCCCUGGGGGCGGUGUAAGCACCAUUAUUGGGCAUCAAUUGGGCCACGUAGCUCGUGAAACUAUUGGCCAGGCGCUCAAAGGAGUCUUCCAAAACUUGAGCCUGGACACACCACUACAGAAUCUCGAGAUAGGGAAAACAGAACAAGAUGAGGAUAGCCGAACAGUUGUUUUGGAGCAACCGAAGCUAGAGACUGCUUACACCAAAAUCCUUGAUCAACUCUUUGGCGAGAGAGUUUUCGUAGCAAAUGCUCUCCAGUCGAAGAAUGCAGGCGUCUCUUCUGUAAUAGCUGCGAGUCCUGAGUUCGGCUUUGGCUCAUUGCUUGCCCGAAAGGAGCAUCGUCAACGAUUCGUCAAGGAAGUUAAGACAGCGGCUAGCACAGGCUCCUUCACUACGGAAUCCCCUAUUAACUGGCUGGCGAAAUGGGCAGCAAGUGCCGAAGACGCGCAGAAAGCAGGUGAAAUUGCUGAUGGCGUUAUUGCGCGCCUUGAGACUGACGGGUCUCCGGCUGCCCGCAACCUGCUUUCUCGCAAGAGUCUGUUUAGAAAAGAAUCAUUAUGGCUUAUUGGAUCUGAUGCAUGGUCGUACGAUCUUGGUAACUCUGGUGUUCAUCAUGUUUUGGCCUCUGGAGAAAAUGUCAACAUGCUGAUUAUUGACUCAACUCCCUAUUCAGAACGUGCUGCCGCAGACGCGGAGAGACGGAAGAAAGAUAUUGGUCUGUAUGCUAUGAACUUCGGAAAUGCCUAUGUCGCGUCUACUGCAGUAUAUGGGUCUUAUACCCAGGUCCUGCAGGCUAUGCUCGAAGCCGAUCAGUUUGACGGUCCUUCGAUCGUGCUAGCUUAUUUGCCCUACUUCGGCGAGCACGAUUCCCCUCUAACGGUCUUGCAGGAGACCAAGAAGGCUGUAGAUUUGGGCUACUGGCCUCUUUACAGGUGGAAUCCUAGUAAUGAAGCAAAGGGGGAGCCUAAUUUUGCCCUGGAUUCGGAGCGUAUAAAAGACGAGCUCAAGAAAUUUUUGGCACGUGAUAACCAGCUCACGCAGCUAAUGCGACGAGAGCCAACCUUCGCAGCCAGUCUAGCUCAAGACUUUGGAACAGAAGUCCGAGCGCAACAGAAGCGCAAAGCCAAAGAUGCGUACAACCAGUUGUUAGAAGGUCUAUUCGGGGCGCCUUUAACUAUCUUAUUUGCUUCGGACAACGGAAACGCACAGUCGUUGGCUAAGCGACUAGGAACCAGAGGCCGUGCCAGGGGGCUAAAGACAACGGUGAUGGCGAUGGAAGAUUAUCCUGUCGAAGAUCUACCCACAGAAGAGAACAUCAUUUUCGUCACCUCAACUGCCGGGCAAGGUGAAUUCCCACAGAAUGGUAAGCCUCUAUGGGAUGCGAUCAAGGAUAGUACCGAUCUUGAUCUCGCCUCCGUCAACUACUCGGUAUUUGGCCUUGGCGAUAAGCACUACUGGCCUCGCAAAGAGGACAGGGUCUACUACAACAAGCCUGCCAAAGAUCUUGAUAGGUUAUUGGCCACGUUCAGCGGCAAGAGGUUGGCAGAUGUUGGCCUUGGCGAUGACCAAGAUCCUGACGGAUAUCAAACCGGCUAUGCCGACUGGGAACCAAAGAUUUGGCAGGCAUUGGGCGUUGCCAAUGUUGAAGGGCUUCCAGAAGAGCCGCCGCCGAUCACCAACGAAGAUAUCAAGUUGGCCUCCAAUUACCUGCGAGGAUCUAUCGUUGAAGGUCUAAACGAUCCAACGACUGGCGCUAUAUCUGCGUCGGAUCAGCAACUGACCAAAUUCCACGGUACUUAUAUGCAAGAUGACCGUGACGUUCGUGAUGAGCGGAAAGCGCAAGGACUAGAGCCCGCAUAUUCAUUCAUGAUACGAUGCAGGCUCCCUGGCGGCGUGUCAACCCCACAGCAAUGGAUCCAGAUGGACGACAUUAGCACAAGUCUUGGCAAUGAAACCAUGAAGCUCACCACAAGACAAACCUUCCAGUUCCACGGUGUGGUCAAGGGGAAACUCAAGCCCGCUAUGCAAGCCAUCAACAGAGCACUCAUGACUACUAUUGCCGCCUGCGGUGAUGUCAACCGAAAUGUCAUGUGCAGUUCUUUACCCACCCAAUCUCAAUACCAUAAAGAAGUUUGGGCUUGUUCUAAGAAAAUCAGUGACCAUCUUCUUCCUGCUACCACUGCCUACCAUGAGAUAUGGCUCACGGACGAUGAUAACAAGAAGACGCAAAUUGCGGGCGAUGCAGUCCAAGACUUCGAACCCUUGUACGGGCCAACCUACCUACCCCGAAAGUUUAAGAUCACUAUUGCGAUCCCCCCUCACAAUGACACCGACGUAUACGCCCACGAUGUUGGCUUAAUUGCGAUCAAAGGAGACGAUGGUCACCUCAUUGGCUUUAACGUCCUUGCCGGCGGUGGCAUGGGCGCUACACACAACAAUAAGAAGACUUACCCUCAGACAGGGCGCAUGAUGGGCUAUGUCAAGGCUGAAGAAGUCCACAUCGCCUGUGAAAAGAUCAUGCUUGUUCAGAGAGACCACGGAGACCGUAAAAAUCGCAAACAUGCCCGUCUAAAGUAUACAAUUGAUGAUCUCGGCGUCGACGUUUUCCGUUCCAAAGUUGAGGCCAUGUGGGGCAAGUCCUUUGAGCCAGAACGGUCGUUUCACUUCAAGAGCAAUAUUGAUACAUUUGGCUGGCAGAGGGACGAGAAUGGCUUGAAUCAUUUUACUUUUUUCAUUGAGAAUGGCCGGAUUGAGGAUACUGCAGAGUUCCAAAUGAAGACCGGUCUGCGUGAAAUCGCCAAGGUACACAAAGGGGAGUUUAGAUUAACUGGAAACCAACAUCUCAUUCUUUCCAAUGUCGCUGACGACGACUUGCCGGGUAUGAAGGAGCUGCUCAAGAAAUACAAGCUUGAUAACGUUCAGUUCUCAGGCUUGCGUCUUAGCUCUUCUGCUUGCGUUGCGUUCCCAACCUGUGGCUUAGCUAUGGCGGAAAGUGAACGCUAUCUCCCUGUUCUCAUCAGUAAAUUGGAGGACUGCCUUGAAGAGAAUGGCUUGAAGCAGGACUCUAUCGUCAUGCGCAUGACGGGUUGUCCGAACGGUUGUGCUCGCCCCUGGUUAGCUGAGGUUGCUUUCGUCGGUAAAGCAUAUGGCGCUUAUAACAUGUACCUGGGUGGUGGCUACCAUGGCCAACGUCUCAACAAGCUCUAUCGAUCGAGUAUCAAGGAGGACGAGAUCCUUGCCAUCAUGAAGCCUCUGCUCAAGCGAUACGCAACCGAGCGUGAGGACGGUGAGCACUUUGGUGACUUCUGUAUCCGCGCGGGCGUCAUUGUAGCAACAAAGGAGGGCCGAGACUUCCAUGAUAAUGUAAGCUACACGCUGCCCAACUUGUGAGAUAAUUGACUGACACCUUGUAGGUUGCCGAAGAGGAAUCAGACGAAGAAUAAAUCAGCGACAUCAUAUUAGUCCAUGAGGCAAAGAGCCUAUGUCCUUUCUGCGUACUUGGUUUCAAGUUUAUAGGCGUAUGGGGUAUUUAGAUCCGGGAAUGGUAGGGACGCAGCAUAUGAUAUUGUAUGCUCAACCAUGUUA